GAUUGCGCAACCUUGGCCUCCUGUUCUCUCCCAUGGGAAACUUAAUCUCCUGCCGAGCAUCAAUCACCACUGGCGGAAAGCUCGUGCUCUCUGACGGCACUAUACAAGAAUUCGACCCGCCGAUCUCCGUUGCAGAGCUCAUGCUCGAACACCCGCAACAGUUCGUGAUCGACGUGAACUCACUGACCACCGCAUGCGGGACCAAAGUCACCCCAUUGCCGGCCGACUGCAUGCUCGACCCUGGCAAGGUCUAUGCCAUCGUCCCAAUGACACGGGGGAAGGUGUCAUCCGACGAUGCACGUCGCGUCCUGUCGACGGCCCGAUCGAUGCUUCAAUCGCAAUCUAUGCCCUUGCUCACGAGGAACUCAUUAUUUCCCGGAAAUUGUGCGACAGGAGAUGAAGAGGUAAUCGAGAAAGAAAAGGCGACCAAGGCGGAUUGGUCGACGGAGGUAUUCGAGCAGCCCGAGUAUCUGAGCAGGGAAUUUUCAAUCAAGGGGUGGAAACCAAGUCUAAGGACUAUAGAGGAGAAGGUAUUGGCUAGGAAGGUGCCUCAUUGGCUGUGUUGAAGGAAACAGGGAGUAGUUGACCGUUGAACUUUAUUAUUUUUAAAUUGAGGGCAUCUUAGGCCACGUGGCACUGGUACACAGGUCAUGUUUGCAUGUAUGAAAAAGUUACUAAUUAGUACUUACUCGCGUUCGUGAUUCAACUGAUGGGAACCAGAAGGAUGUUUAAUUUAUCAUAUAUAGUAUAAACAGUUAGCUAAAGUUUCCAUUGUUUGCUUUUAUAUUCGAGCAGGAGUAGGAAUGAAUAAAAAGCAAAU